AUGCGAGAUCUAAAAACAUAUUUAUCUGUAGCACCGGUAAUAAGUACUCUAUGGUUUGGGUCUUUAGCAGGUCUAUUGAUAGAGAUCAAUCGUUUUUUCCCAGAUGCGUUGACAUUCCCUUUUUUUUCAUUCUAG